GCUGUUUCUGCUUGCUGCGGAUUAAUAUGGUGUGAAGUUCUUCUUAAAUGGACUUGUGUUGAGAAAUUAGAUACAAAUUGAAUGUCAAUUGGGAAGAUGGACAGAUAAUUCCGUGUUUACAAAUAAAUGCUUGUAAACACACUAAAUUAAUUUAUUAAAUUUCGAAUGCUGCAUUCCCAUAUACUAACGAUUCUACAAUGGGAGACUUCGUUUUUUACUGUUCCCUUUGCUGCAAUGCCACAUUUGAUUCUAAGAAAUCUCUUAUUGAUCAUUUGUCCCAAAUAUCUUUAAAUUUAGGUUGUCCGAUAUGCGUUAAAAAGUUCUCGUCGAUAGAAGAUCUGGUAGAACACUUAAAAGAUGACGAUUGUGACGUUAAAUCCGUUAACUUGGAAAUCAAUGAUCAUGAUGAGACCAAUGGUGUUAGUAAGGAGGUCCAAACAGACGCGUCUUCCUAUUCAGAGCCAAAUACUAUAAAUGAUGUUGAUGAUGAUGAUAAAAUGUAUGUCGAAGUACUCAGCAAGCAAAUGAUGAAACCAUGCCUACAAACACAGGAGUUGAAAUUAGUUAAGGAGCAUGGCGAGAGUCGUUAUGUGAUUGUCACCGAUGAUGAUUUGUCAUUAAAUUCUGGAAUUACAAUAGUCACUAAACAAAAUAAAGAUGGAACCAUAUCUUUGACAACACAAGAAUCCCUCAAUGUGUCAAGCGCAGAGACAGGAAUAGAAAUAGAGGAGACAGAUGAAAAGAAUGAAACCGUAAAGAAUGAAACAGAAAGUUCCCAAGAGGAGAGAUACAGCUGUAACACCUGUGAUAUGACAUUCACAUCGGUUCUGGAACACAUACAGAACUACCACAAUGAUCAGGAUGUUGUGGUCGAGGAGCCGUUGGAUGAAAAUUCACAAGAAAUUAAUCUGGAAUUUGAUCAAACGGAAAAUGAAGAUGUGAUAGAGAAACAGACGUCACGCAGAAUGAUAACGGACACGGGAGAUAUCAUAGAGACCCCGAUUACUGAAGAAAUUGACACUGAAAUGGAAGAAAUGAAACAAGCAAACAAUAGACGAUAUAAGAAAAUAGAUCAAUUCUGUAACAGCAUUGUUAAAGACAUUAAAAACGAUGAUACCAAGAACGGUCCGUACCACAAGGUUGUUAUAAAGGAGGUGCAGACCACGGCCGGCAACAAAGUCAAAGUAUACAAUUGUAUGUCAUGUAAUGUAUAUGUGACGACACUAUCGGAAUUCAAGCAGCAUCCCUGUAAGAUUUUAAAAUACCCGUGUUCGCAAUGUCCAGUGGCAUAUGAGAAUUCAAAGUCUCUCUGCGCCCAUAUGAAGGUUCACAAAAUAAGGAGUACAGAAAUAACAGCGGCCAUAACGAAACACGAGUGUGAAGUCUGCAACACGAUAUUUCCAUCGAGCAAGUCGUUGAAACUCCAUAAAAGAAUGCACGAUCCCGUCAAGUCACGUCCAUUGGGUCCUCAGGAGUCGGAAGACGGUACGACUGAUAACGUAGAAAAAUUCCUGUGCAACGUCUGCAAUAAAUUGAUACCCGAGAACUAUAGGACCAUACAUCAGAACUCGCACAAGAGCAGCAACAAGAUGAACUGCGACAUAUGCAACAAGAAGUUCCUGUCCAAAGAAAACUUGGAGAUGCACAUGGGCGUACACAACCUGGAUAAGAUAACCAUCGGCAAACAGGAUAAGGCGUUGCCGUACGAGUGUUUGUAUUGUAACAGAAAAUUCGGAAGACCGCACGAGAAGGUCAAACACGAGAGAAUACACACGGGUGAGAAGCCCCACUCGUGUGAUAUCUGCGGCAAGUCUUUCCGAGUCUCGUACUGUCUGACGCUACACAUGCGCACGCACACGGGCGCGCGGCCGUACGCGUGUCCGCACUGCAACAAGAGGUUCAAAGCCCACAGCGUGUACAACCACCACCUGCUGACGCACUCCGACGUGCGCGCGUACAAGUGUCCGUACUGUCCGAAGGCCUUCAAGACGUCGGUGCAGUUGGCGGGGCACAAGAACUCGCACACCAAGCCCUUUUCAUGCCAACAGUGCAAUAGGCCUUUCGCGUCUUUAUACGCUGUCCGAGUCCACAUGGAGAUACACAGUCGUCAGAAUAGUCUCAAAUUUUCAUGUACCAUGUGCGGCGCGAGCUACGCUAGGGCCUUCGCCCUCAAGGACCACGUGAGGCAGGCGCAUAAAGAUGUGGCGCCGAUGGUUAAAGAUGAGGAGUGGAUGAGAACAGAGAACAGCGCCAACGUGGAAACAGACGACAUACAGCUGAACAAGGACUUCCCACAGGAUAUAAACGAACUGGGCACCUACGAGACGGAGUUGAUAAUACCUUGAAAAUUUAAUACAAUGUAGCACAAUUAUAUGUUAAUAUUACUGUAUACUAUAGAUGUACAGCGCCGGAGGCACGGACCGAUCGAAUACUGGAAUCAUUAAUAGGCAGGAUUCAUCAUUAAAUAACCAACUAGCAUUCUACUGCGGUCUUACAAGUUAACUUACCAACCGUACACUUGAGACCAGUCACUAUUUGUCACCGAUAGUAAUCAUUUUUAUGUUUAUAAGUCUCGUGUACUAUAUACAUCGGGCAGGUAUAUGAAUGAUACACUGGGAACUAUCUGUUCAGUGUUACGUUGAAACUGGUGGUAAGUGUGCCCGGGGUCUUAUUACUCUUUAUUGUUAGUAACAUCCGUUAUGUUCGGACUGGUUUGUGACUGUUCAUUGUUAUCAUAAGUUAUAUGAUUUUUUUUUUUUAAAUACUUUAUUUUUUAUUUAAAUUUUCGCUGUAAUACUCGCGUCUCGUAGUUUUAGGUAAAAUUUAAUAUUGAAUGUUAUGUAUUUUAUUAUAAAUUUACAGUGUAUUGCCUUGUUCGGAGCUGUGAUAUUUCAAUUUAUACAAAAAAAAAAACCUUUAAUUUCUCUUAACAGCUAAGUUUAAUGCGGUCUAAAUUCCCAGCUGUUCCAUGUGAGUGUUUCUUGACGUAUGUUUUAAGUAUGAUUUAAGUCUAAGCCAGUCGCCAGUUUUAAUCAAUUUGUACUGAAUAUAUUUUGAUUACUGUUUAUAUAAAAUUUCCAAUCAUGUUAAGUGUAUCAUACAACAUAUAUGUAGAUAAUGAAUCAAUUUCAAAGUU